CUUUGAACACAACCGAAAGGAUCUGGGUAUACCAGCGAAGCUUUGUGGAAUACCACAAAGAUGAUUAUUCCACGUGUGUGUAUUAUAGAAAACAUAAACUGAACGUAACUAACUACGAGUUCCUUGAAAAUCUCAUGGUGGGCCCGCGAGAGUAUCGGCCGCACCUUUACGCUGAACUUGGCUACGAGCCUGCGGAUGGACCGUACAUUGGAGUAAGUAGCCGGCCAGGCGGGGACGUGACCUCCUACACGCUGAGGUAUUGGAAUCCGCGCAAAGGCUGUGCGGUUUAUACAACGGACAAGUACAACAGGAUUGAUUGCGAGCUACACGUGCGACAGCGGAACUUGGGAGGACGUUUUUAUCGCUGCGAACGACGUUACAACAGAUAUUGCAGAGGAAUAAUUUUUCAGCUUUUUUCGGAAGCUUGCUUAUAUUGAAGGAAUGCGUUAAACACCGAGUUCGCUCUGAGAAAUGUCACGGAGGAUGGAACUAAUGUUCUUCCUUAAUCGGCAGUAAUCACUGUAUAUAGAGAAAAGUGAUUACAGUUGGAUAAUGAAGAGUCCCAGGUCGCCGAGAUUACUCAGUAAAAAAAUAAACACGUGUUUGAUAUAAACUGUGGCGAUAGCUCUGCUAGUUUUUUGUGUUAGUCCAAUGUCAGUGCAAAGCUAUAUCGCCCAAACCACUCAAUCUGAUCGUUACAUGAUGUCCAAGCACAGCCGCUUGUCAUCUGCUCGGGUGCGCGCGCAUGUUCUCUCGCGUACCCAUGCUACGGAAUGAUGUGAUUGAUAUCCUGAUAA